AGAACCAAAGGAAGACCAAAGGAAGACAGGAAACUUGUGUGGCUGUAAAGAAGUAUGGAGGCAAAGAAAAUGGACAGCAAGUGCAGGACAAGAAUUUUGAAAUUAGAUUGCCAAAAUGGAUCCCACCGCUGACACCAUCAGGGGGGAGAUACUGAUCUUUCUCUCACGGGCCAGAAUUUAUGCUCUUCAUCUGCCCAGCUCGGCUACACUCUCAUCAACGUCUUCAUUAUCGGUUGUGUUAAUAUCAUUACUCAGCAGUGCCCUCCUAGGCCGUUUAGUUGUCUGAUGUAAGUUAUUGCACUGCAGGAGAACUGAAGUUGGUGUAAUAUCUGAACACAGGAAGCAGGACAGAGUGAGAGGGAAACAGGGGGAGGGUCAGAAAGAGAGAGAACGAGAGGAAGCAGAAAGAGGUAAAGCAAAAUACAGGGAAUGGGAGCCAAGCCAUCCAAAAGAGGCAGUAUGAAGAAGGGCGUCCCGCCCCUGGAGACCAGUGCAGUUCCACUGGCGGCAGCAAUGCUGGGGUCAGUGCAGGGCGCGGAAGUUGAAGAUGAGGAGGAUGAAGAUUCGGGGAGUGAACGAGACUUUGAUGAGCCUCUGUGCGCUCUGGUUCAGAACUGCUCCAUGCUGCACAACAUCGUAGGCCCUGCCUGCAUCUUCCUCCGACAGGGCCUCGCUCAAGCCCAAAUCGACAGAGAUCUGCGGCCAGAGGAAAUUGAAGAGCUGAAAGAAGCCUUCAAGGAGUUUGAUAAGGACAGGGAUGGCUUCAUUAGCUGUAAGGAUCUGGGCGAGUGCAUGAGGACGAUGGGCUACAUGCCUACAGAGAUGGAGCUGAUAGAGCUCAGUCAGCAGAUAUGUGGGGGUCGAGUGGACUUUGAGGACUUUGUGGAGCUGAUGGGGCCUAAAAUGCUGGCAGAGACAGCAGAUAUGAUUGGAGUGAAGGAACUGAGAGAUGCUUUUAGAGAGUUUGACUCUAAUGGCGAUGGCCAGAUCAGUCUGACAGAGUUGAGGGAGGCCAUGAAGAAACUGAUGGGUGAGCAGCUAAACGCCAGGGAGAUUGAUGAGAUCCUCAGGGACGUGGACCUGAAUGGAGACGGCCUUGUGGAUUUUGAAGAGUUUGUUCGGAUGAUGUCUCGCUAACCAGCAGAGAGAGAUACGGAUGUUUUAUCAUCCCAUGAAGAAGGAAAAGUCUAAAAGAAAAUAAUUGCACAUAUUUGUGUUAAAUCUCUUGUUUGUUUUGGGACACUCAUUUUCCAUUAUUUAUUUUUUUUAUUUUGAAAGGUUCUAUGUAUAAUAUCUAGCACAAAGUUUACAGCUGAAGAGUUGAAUAAAUAAUAACCCAUUAUUCUAUCUACAUCCAUAAAAUUCUUCUUGAAUCAUAUAUCCAAAUCUCUUAUUUUGUCGUUAGGUAAGUAAUGAAGAUUGCAAGGUUUCACUAAAUCCAUAUCAUUCAUAGCACUGUAAAUACUGUUUUAGAGAUGUAUUGUAUUUUUUGUACUUUUGCGAUGUACAUUAUUGAGUUAUUGUGUGUUAUCAUUUUGUUUUCAUUUACUUUUGUGUACUGUAUAUAUAUAUAGCAUAUGGAUAUUACACAACAACAGUAACUGAAAGAGUAAAGGCCCUUUCACACCAA